ACCUCGCUACCUGCAAAAUGUAGCUUCCUGCAAAAUGUAGUUUACUUAAUUAAACUUUAAGUUCAGAAUUUUUGUUAGCUGCAAGAGCAAGUUCCAUUUGUAAUCUGUUAAAGUUCUUUGCAUCCUUGGCGCGAUGGCCUUCACAGAACUUCUUUCACGAACUUUAUCGUGUACUUUCCGCUCCUUGAUAGCGAAACCACCAUGGAAUGGCUUGGGUUCUGCUUACAUGCGACCAUUUUCUACAUCCCAUCCACUGGAAAUGGUCCAGAAGUUAACUCGCAUGCGAGUUGUGGAUAACAGUGCUAUCGGCCAACAAGCGAUGGCUGCCGGAAAGCCACCCAAAGUGAUUCAUGUGUAUCGACGACAGAUUCGGAGAAAACGUCGGGCGACGGGUACCAUUGGGCACAAGGUCCUGGUUGCAAUCAUGGGACAGAAGAAGCGUGGAUACGUUGUUGGUGUUGCUCGAGAACAGGAAGACCAAAUCCCCCGAUUCGAUACCAAUAAUCUGGUUUUGGUGGACGAUAACGGAUCGCCGCUGGGAACUCGGAUUACGGUGCCUAUUCCUAUGUUACUACGAUCCAAAACCGGUGACAUUUCCAAGAUUCUGGCCAUUGCGACAAAGUUUGUGUAAUCGUAAUUUCGCCAUCGAUUAUCCACAUAUACCAAAGCAUUUGAAAUUUUUCAUUUCUGACCAGUUUUUUGGGAGCCGUUUAUUACGUGUUCAAACAAUUUGUCACAGCCUUAAUUUGGAAGCAAUCGAAUAUGUAAACUAUCUAAUGCGUUAGUCAGCUAGUGGGAUUUGCAGGGUGUACAGUAAAUAAAAUCUGUUAUAAAAAAUAAACAAUCCGUAAAACAAAAGGGCAUAUGCUCAUAUAAAAUCGUAAAAGAAGUAAAACCAUAUAAAAAUUAUCCGGUAAAGAUUAUCAUCACAGUCCCAGCAUCAGA